AUGGAUAUUCACAGGUGCCGAUUCGUGGACUAUACACCCCACAGUGUCACGGCACUUGCGUUUUCUCAUCCGUCCGCAUCCGCAGCUCAUCCCCCCAAGGGCCUUCGUCUUGCUGUGGGAAGAUCCAAUGGAGACAUUGAGAUAUGGUCUCCCCGAGCUAACUGGACCCAUGACUUGACUCUACCGGGAGCACGUGGGCGCACGGUCGAAGGGCUCGUGUGGGCAACCCCAAAAAACUCGACGCAAGUUCCCAGGCUUUUUUCUAUCGGUGGCAGCACCUACAUCACUGAAUGGGACCUCCGUACGCUUCGGCCCAAGGCCAACUACGACUGCAAUGCCGGCGUCAUUUGGUGCAUAGAUGUCAAUUCCUCAGGAAAUCAGUUGGCUGUGGGCUGUGAUGACGGCAGCGUGGUGCUUGUAGACAUCUCUGGGGGGCCCGGUGUGAUGGAGCACCACAUGAUAUGCCAGAGACAGGACCAGAGAGUGUUGGGGUUGGCAUUCUACGGAGACAACAUGAUUGUGGCAGGGUGUGCCGAUGCCCUGGUGAGGUGUUGGCAGGUGGCGCCGGACAACGACGAGACCAGAGAUAGAGUUGGGCGUCUUGUGGGCACCAUGAAGGUUGAUAGAAGCAAAACAGAGUCUACUCUUGUGUGGACAGUAUUAGCAUUCCCAGAAAGAGGCCAAUUUGUUACUGGAGACAGUACCGGCUCGAUCAAGGUUUGGGACGCCAAGCAUUUCACCAUGACCCAGAACUUCAAUGCCCACGAGGCAGAUGUCUUGUGUUUGGCCCGUAACGCUGCGGGUGACAAGUUCUUCUCAGCGGGCAUCGACAAAAAAAUACAUCACUUCACCUGUUUCAGGCCCAAGCUGGGAUCCAUUGAGUCCAAGAAGCAGAAGGCUCGCUGGAUCGACAACGGGAGCAGACUCAUGCAUGCUAACGAUGUGAGAGCCAUGGCUGUCUAUGAAAGCAAAAGUUUCGGUGUGCUUGUUAGCGGAGGUGCAGAGCGUUCAUUUAUAGUUCAGGAGGUGGAGUCUUUCGAGAGCGGUCCGUUCAAGAAGAUUCUCAUGGACCAACAGGUGUCCAACAUAGACGUUCAGUCGCAGAGCCGUCUUAUUGCCCUUUUCCAAGAUCAGACCGUCAAGAUCUGGCGCUUGACAGACCACAGGCAUAAACUAGUGGCCAAGCUCACGUUGGCGGAUGACGAUAAUAUCACCAGUAUAAGUAUUGGUGAAGAGUUUGAAUCAGGAAAGCAUAUUUUAGCCGUGGCCACCAUCAAUUCGGUGAAAAUAUUCGUUCUUGAGUCAGACAGUCUGAAGAUGAUUGUUAAUAAAAUUCGUGAUGAUGGAUUCGAUGAAGCAGUAGCUGGAGGAAAGAGGGUGUGGGUGUACAAUAAAUCCAAGCUUCUCGUUUUGACUCCAGAUGAUGAAUUUUACGAAUUCUCCAUGGAGAGCAACAAGAUCGAGCUCGAGGACGAGAUCGAAAGCAUAGAUGAAAGCACAGAAUCUGUUGUCACGAAAAGCGGACUCGACUACAUCAACAGCAUUCGCCUCGUGUCGAUGUCCCCGGAUCACUCGUUGAUCGUGAUGGCCAGGUUCAACGACGCCGUAGAGGUUCUUCCUCUUGAAGGUAAUUUCAAAGCUUUCCUUUUGACCAAGCCAUCGACCUCGGUACAUCUCAUGGAUGUCACUGUGAACAACACAGUUGUUGUGAUGACACAAGAGAACAAAGUUUACGAAUUCUGUCUUAAACAGGGAGGCAGACUUUUGACUGAGUGGUCCGAGAACAAUUCUGAAAAUGUUCCCUUUGCUCUUCUCAAGCAAACUCAAAAGCCCAUGGGACUUUUUGUAAAUGACAAGAGGGUGUGGAUCUAUGGCAGCACCUGGAUGGCUUUCAUUGACUUGACGAAGAAUUUGAAGCACGCUGUGUCUCGUGGUUCGGUGAAGAGAAACCGCAACGGUCUUGCAAUCAACAACGAAGAUGAAGUUGAUGAGCACAUUGUGAAAGAGUUGGCGAGAAAUGACGACGAGGACGACGAGCAGAUGGACAACGAUGAUGACAGUAAAGACAAACCAGCAUUCUGGAUAACACAAAAGUACAGACCAAUCCUCAAGGUCGCUGCAGUGCAGCAAGACUUGUUGGUGGUGGAGAGAGACGCCUUUGCAUUGCCCCAGUCACUGGCUUUCGAUACCCCGGUGUAUCGUGUGUAA